CUAAAAGAGAGAGAAAUACAGCUUCAAAAUCUUGCGAGAAAGGAACACAUCCAGGAGGUGGAAACUCAAAAUAACGGGGACAUAAACCCUAGGCAAUGCUACAUUUUUAUUUACCUUGCAUUAUUAUUAUUAUUAUCAUUAUUAUUUAUUUUUUAAUGAAGGAUUGUAAUUUAAAGGGAGAAAACACAUUCCACAGUAUUACGCCCUCACUGCAAGAGACAGUGAGUGAGAAGAGAGUUCGGUUCCGCAGUUUAGUUUGGUAAUUUGAAGAAGAAGAAGAAGAAGAAGAAAGGUUGAUUGAGGUUGAAAGCGCAUCAUUCAUUGUAUUGGUUUUGUAAUUGAUGAUGCUGAAUUCAAGGUAUGCCAUUCCCAAAUUCUCUCGCAAUCCUAUUCUAACAUUUAGAACUUCUUCUACCUUUCUUCUUUCUCGAUUCUUUGGUCAUUUGCAACGCCAAUAUUCCCACAAAUUUUGUGGGUUUCGUAAUGUAGAUGAUGCUGUUUCUUGUUUCAAUCGCAUGGUUCGUUCGUUUCCACGACCACCCACUUGUGAAUUUGACAAGGUUUUAGGAGCUAUUGUAAGAAUGGGUCAUUAUCCCACUGCAAUUUCACUCUUUAAUCAACUUCAAUUAAGGGGAAUUUCCCCUUCCAUUGCUACUUUCAGCAUCUUGAUCAAUUGUUACUGUCAUCAAUCUCACAUGAAUUUUGCUUUUUCAUUACUGGGAACCAUUCUUAAGACUGGUUAUCAACCCAAUAUGGUUACUUUCAAUACACUCAUCAAUGGUUUUUGUAUCAAUGGUUUGAUUUUUAAAGCUUUGAACUUUUACCAAGAUUUACUGUCCCAAGGGUAUCUUUUUGAUGAAUUUACAUAUGGGAUUUUGAUCAAUGGGUUAUGUAAAAAUGGGCAAACUAGAGCUGCCCUACAUUUGAUACAAGAGAUGGGGGAACGAUCGGUUCUACCCAAUCUAGUUAUGUAUAGUGCGGUUAUUGAUGGACUCUGCAAAGAUGGACUUGUCUCCGAUGCGCUUGGAUUGUGUUCUAAACUUGGUGACAGGGGAAUUUCACUUGAUGUUGUCACCUACAACUCUCUAAUCCAUGGUUGUUGUAGUGUGGGUCGAUGGCAAGAGGCAACUCAAUUACUAACUAAAAUGGUUCGUGAAAAAGUUGACCCGGAUGACUAUACCUUUAACAUAUUGAUUGAUGCGUUAUGUAAAGAAGGAAGGAUCUUAGAAGCCCAAGGUGUGCUUGUUAUGAUGAUGAAAAGAGGUGAGAAACCUGACGUUGUUACUUACAAUGCAAUCAUGGUUGGAUAUUGUUUACGAAAAAAUGUCAACGAGGCAAAAGAACUAUUCAAUAGAAUGGUCAGUAGAGGAUUGGAACCUGAUGUCUUGAAUUAUAGUGUCUUGAUUAAUGGUUAUUGCAAGGCUGAAAUGCUAGAUGAAGCCAUGGUUCUCUUUAAAGAGAUAUGUCAGCAAAAUUUAGUCCCUAAUAUUGCUACUUACAAUUCUCUUAUCAAUGGCUUGUGCAAUUCAGAAAGAAUAUCACACGUGCAAGAGCUUCUUGAUGAAAUGCGUGAUAGUGGCCAACCUCCUGAUGUAGUCACUUACAAUAUAUUGUUAGAUGCUUUGUGCAAAACCCGACCUUUUGAUGAGGCAAUCUCAUUAUAUCGACAGAUUGUUCAAGGAAUUUGGCCUGAUUUUUAUACAAACAAUGUAAUUGUUGACAAUUUGUGCAAAGGUGAAAAGUUGAAGAUCGCAGAAGAUGCUCUUCAACAUCUUUUGAUGCAUUGUUGUCCUCCGAAUGUUCAAACAUAUACUAUUAUGAUUAAUGCACUUUGUAAAGAUGGCUCUUUUGACGAAGCCAUAGCCUUACUUGUAAAAAUGGAUGACAAUGAUUGCCCCCCUGAUGCUGUAACUUUUGAAACAAUUAUUGGUGCACUGCUAGAGAAAAAUGAGAGUGAUAAGGCAGAGGAACUUCGUCAAGAAAUGCUCACCAGAGGUCUAGUAAAUAUUGAAAAAAGGUUGAUGCAUGGACAGGGAUGAAAUCUGUGACAGCUGAACUUGUCAUUCAUGUUCUAUUCUCAUAUGAGAACCAGUACAAGUCAAGAUUUACAUGUGAGGCAAUCCAGACCGUGAAUGCCGAAACAGUUAUGCGAGCAUAAUCUAGACUUUCCAAUACCAAGUUUCGGAUUUUCUAUGGUUAAUGGUUGAUUGGAGUUUAACAGCAUCAACCAGAGUCAGAGUUACACUGUAUUCUUCCCUGCCAGUUCUGGCUUUCAAUCUGGUUCACUUCAUUCUGAGCAAGUUUCAUGUUUGUGAGCUAAAUCCUGUGAUCCUUCUACUCUCUGGAGAAUUGCACUUCCAUCAUCAAGGAAAGCCUAGAUUACUUGAUUUCUCAUCCUUAGAGCUUGUGAAGAUUCAGUUCGUUGCCUUGUGUGGACUUGGCCGGAGAUAUGCAAAAAUUGAGUAGAAGAUUUGCUGUUCAACCAACUAGAAACAUCCAGCAUCAUCUUUGUUCAAUACUUUUAACAAGUAUCGGCUUGAAAUCCCGGAAACUAAACAAUGCUUAUAAUGUAAAAACAACCCGAAUAAAUCAUAUAAAUGGAAAGUUGAGAAGCAGGGAAUAAACUUGAUUCAUUUUCAGUGCUUUCCUAGCAAAUAAAACAUUAACACUGAAACUAGCAUUGAGAUUCUGUGUACUGGUGAGGAUCCACGAGAUGACAGGAAAUUUUAAUUUACUUUAUUUAUGUAUAUUUUGUUUGUAUAGCCUUCUCAGGACAAUGGUGCCUAUGCCUAAUAAAAUGACAAAUAGAUUUAUUGUAACUUGUGAAAGUAACUCCAGUUCCAUAAAGAUGCAUCUAAUUCACUGAA